GGGAGGGAAUAGUUAGAGGGGGGCGGGAGGUAGAGACAGCAGCGGCGUUUUAUCGCCGGAGAGUAUAUAAACGGAGGAAAGGCAUCUGGGCUGUACAGUUCCCCGCCUCUGGACCUCUUCGAAACAUCGUCUUCAAGAUGAACGCCCUGGUAGUGAUAUCAGCAUGCAUAUGUGCAGUUGCAGGGAUGCCCCAGUAUCCAUAUGGAUAUACAGGCUACCCAUAUGCUGCUGUUGCACCCAUUGUAGGGCCCACGACCUAUGACUACAACCUCAUCCCAGACUCAGCACCCAUUCCUGCCCCUCUGCCCGCCCCCUAUGCAGUUGCUCCUGCUGUAGCCCCGACUGAAUACAAGAACCAGUACCACUCACAGGAUGAGUUUGGACAGUACGCCUACGGCCACGCUUCUUUGGGUCAGGUGCACAACGCAGUGAGGGACUUCACUGGGGCUGUCAGGGGCAGCUACUCUUACAUUGACGCCAACAACGAAGAGGUCAUUGUGCACUACAUUGCUGAUCACGAUGGUUUCCGCGUCUCUUCCAACGCCCUGCCAGUUGCCCCAACUUUCGACAGCGCUGCCCCCGAAGCUCCCGAGUUCAACCUUGUAGGGCCAGUCUUUGAUCUCGAACCUGCUGUUGAGACGCCCGAGGUAGCCGCAGCAAGAGCCGAACACUUCAGACUCGUGGAGGAACACAAGGCUGCUGUAGCUGCUGCGCUCGCUGCUGCUGAAGAAGCAGCAGCAACUGAGGAAGUUGUAGUAGAGGAAACAACCGAGGCAGUUGUCUCUGAAGGAGACGAGGAGGAGGUAGUCGUGGAAGCAGCUGAGGAAGUACCUGAAGAGGUAGCUGAGGAGGGGACUGUAACAGAGGCUGCUGAAGCUGCUACCGAACUCCCUGCUGAAGAAGAGACAGCUGCCGAAGAGACAGCUGCCGAGGAGACAGCUGCCGAGGAGACAGCUGCCGAGGAGACAGCCGCCGAGGAGACAGAUGAACGCAGGAAACGCCAAGUUGUGAACUACUUCCCACAGUACUACAACGCUCUGCCAGUGGAACCAGUUGUAGUGAAGGCUGAAGCCCCCGUCGUCCCAGUAUCACAGGCAGUGCGUGACGCCGAGCUCCUAAGAGUUGUCCACAACCCAGGCCACGCCGUUUCUUACCGCGUUGACUAAAUGCCCACUGGAUAUUCUGUUUCCAAAUUUGUUACAUGGUGACUGUUACUGCCAUACCCUAGACAAAAUGCGACAACAUUCAACUAGGCAUAAACUCAAUAUUUGUUAGCUUGAAAAUCAAGAGAUUUGUUCAGAUUUUUUCAGGUACCACCAAAUCUCUUUCCAUUUCAGACUUUUGUAUAUAUUGUAAAAAUCUUCAAAAAUAAAGAAUUUGAGUAGAAUAAAGUAUGUAAAU